UUAACACCCCAACUGGUGCCUUGCCCCUGUGGUCCUGCCCCUCCUUGAUCCACUUCUCCUGCCUGGUCCUCGCACACAACACCCACCGCCCCGUCUCCUCCUCUCCUAGCAGCUCUCCACAGCUUCUCUCUCUACGGCUUGACAAGGAGAGAGAAAGGCGUCUAGCAGCAGCUGAUCCGCCCGGGAGCGCAACGCAGGCGAAGCAUGGAGCAAUACGACGAGCUCUUUCCUUCCGCCUACGUGGACUCCUCCUCCAACCUCCUGGUGCCCAACGGCGCGGCGCAAGGGGAGAGGCCGAGAGCGCGGCGCAGGAGGCGGCGGGCCGCGAGGUGCGGCGACGGAGGCGGCGAGCUGGACGGUGGAGGGGACCCCAAGAAGCGGCGGCUGAGCGACGAGCAGGUGGAGAUGCUGGAGCUGAGCUUCCGGGAGGAGCGGAAGCUGGAGACCGGCAGGAAGGUGCACCUGGCGGCCGAGCUCGGGCUAGACCCCAAGCAGGUCGCCGUCUGGUUCCAGAACCGCCGCGCCCGCCACAAGAGCAAGCUGCUCGAGGAGGAGUUCGCCAAGCUCAAGCAGGCACACGACGCCGCCAUCCUCCACAAAUGCCACCUGGAGAACGAGGUGAUGAGGCUGAAGGAGAGGCUGGAGGUCACCGAGGAGGAGCUGGCGCGGGUCAGAUCCGCCGCGGGGAGCCACGCCGUCUCCGGCGACGGCGGAGACGCCAUGGGCCGCGUCGUCUGCAGCGGGAGCCCGAGCUCGUCCUUCUCCACGGGCACCUGCCAGCAGCACCCGGGCGUCGGCGGCGGCGAUCACCUCGGGGACGACGACCUGCUCUAUGUCCCUGACUACGCCUACGCUGACACCAGCGUGGUCGAGUGGUUUAGCCUGUAUGGUGGAAUGAUGUAAGCGAGCGAAGCGAUCAGUGAUGGUGUGUCGUCAGAUUAAUUCUAGCAGCUAGAGUCAUCACCGUGUCAUUGCUGUGUGCUGAUUUCUAAGUGUGCGUGUUUAAUUAUGUACAUAAACCAAGUUCUUAAUCAGUGGCAAAAAAAAUAGCCAGCUCGGUACUACCAGUACUUGAA